AUGGCGUUAUCGAAGUUUGUUCAUAUCUCAAUCAUGGCCGUAUCGAAAUUUGUUCAUCUCAAUCAUGGCCGUAUCAAAAUUUGUUCAUAUCUCAAUCAUGGCCAUAUCAAAGUUUGCUCAUAUCUCAAUCAUGGCCGUAUCAAAGUUUGUUCAUAUCUCAAUCAUGGCCGUAUCGAAAUUUGUUCAUAUCUCAAUCAUGGCCAUAUCAAAGUUUGUUCAUAUCUCAAUCAUGGCCGUAUCAAAGUUUGUUCAUAUCUCAAUCAUGGCCAUAUCAAAGUUUGCUCAUAUCUCAAUCAUGGCCGUAUCAAAGUUUGUUCAUAUCUCAAUCAUGGCCGUAUCGAAAUUUGUUCAUAUCUCAAUCAUGGCCAUAUCAAAGUUUGUUCAUAUCUCAAUCAUGGCCAUAUCAAAGUUUGCUCAUAUCUCAAUCAUGGCCGUAUCAAAGUUUGCUCAUAUCUCAAUCAUGGCCGUAUCGACGUUUGUUCAUAUCUCAAUCAUGGCCAUAUCAAAGUUUGCUCAUAUCUCAAUCAUGGCCGUAUCGAAAUUUGUUCAUAUCUGAAUCAUGGCCGUAUCAAAGUUUGCUCAUAUCUCAAUCAUGGCCAUAUCAAAGUUUGCUCAUAUCUCAAUCAUGGCCGUAUCAAACUUUGUUCAUAUCUCAAUCAUGGCCGUAUCAAAGUUUGCUCAUAUCUCAAUCAUGGCCGUAUCAAAGUUUGCUCAUAUCUCAAUCAUGGCCGUAUCGACGUUUGUUCAUAUCUCAAUCAUGGCCAUAUCAAAGUUUGUUCAUAUCUCAAUCAUGGCCGUAUCGAAAUUUGUUCAUAUCUCAAUCAUGGCCGUAUCAAACUUUGUUCAUAUCUCAAUCAUGGCCGUAUCAAAGUUUGUUCAUAUCUCAAUCAUGGCCGUAUCGACGUUUGUUCAUAUCUCAAUCAUGGCCAUAUCAAAGUUUGUUCAUAUCUCAAUCAUGGCCGUAUCGACGUUUGUUCAUAUCUCAAUCAUGGCCGUAUCAAAGUUUGUUCAUAUCUCAAUCAUGGCCAUAUCAAAGUUUGCUCAUAUCUCAAUCAUGGCCGUAUCAAAGUUUGUUCAUAUCUCAAUCAUGGCCAUAUCGACGUUUGUUCAUAUCUCAAUCAUGGCCGUAUCGACGUUUGUUCAUAUCUCAAUCAUGGCCGUAUAAAACUUUAUUCAUAUCUCAAUCAUGGCCAUAUCAAAGUUUGCUCAUAUCUCAAUCAUGGCCGUAUCAAAGUUUGCUCAUAUCUCAAUCAUGGCCGUAUCGAAAUUUGUUCAUAUCUCAAUCAUGGCCGUAUCGAAGUUUGUAAUAACUGA